GGAGGGAGGAGGUGCUCCGGCUCCGACCAACAGAGAGGCGCAGCAGCGGAGACACGCAGCCCGCCCUCCUGCUUCCUCCAGCGGUGCAACAUUCAACUUUGUGCCGGGCACACUCGACAUGAGCCGCAUCUGAAGGUACAGCAUCUUUCGACGCGCCAGAGAAAUGAACUGAGGACGCAGAGGAGAGAGAGAGAGCACGCGUUUCCUGAGGACGUCUGAGAUUUACAGUGAAACCAUGAGGUCGCAGAGGAGCCCGGGACUGGUCGCCGUGCUGGGCUGGAUCACCUGUUAUUGUGCCUUAUAUACGACUGCUGCCAUUGACAUCCCACUGGAAGUUUUAGGUCAUGUAAACAUUGAGCAGCUGCCCACCAUCACAGAUCAGUCGCCCAGCACUGUCAUCGCGUUCCCUUUUGACGAGAGCUUCCCCGUGACGUGCGAAGCCAAAGGGAAUCCCGAGCCAGAAUUCCGAUGGACAAAGAAUGGCGUGGAAUUUGACCCCUUCCUCGACCCCCGGUUGAUGAAAGAAGAGAAUUCUGGGACCUUUGUGAUAGAAAAUAAUGGGAACCUUACAGAGUACCAGGGAAUCUAUCGCUGUUACGCCUCAAAUAAACUGGGGACCGCCAUAUCGGAGGAGAUCGAGUUCUAUGUGCCCAGUGUUCCAAAGUUUCCUAAAGAAACACUGGCCCCUCUGGAGGUGGAGGAAGGCCAGCCUUUUAUUUUACAGUGUGACCCACCUAAGGGAAUCCCACCUCUGCAGAUCUACUGGAUGACCAUCAAUCUUCAGCACAUAGAACAGGAUGAGAGAGUGUCCAUGGGCCUGAACGGGGACCUUUACUUCUCUCACGCGGAACACAAGGACAGCAGGAGAGACUACUGCUGCUUCGCCGCCUUCCCAAGAAUACGGACCAUCGUUCAAAAGAUCGCCAUGGCUGUCAUCGUCAAGACAAAAAAAAGUGACAUGAGUCCUGAAGCUGCUAAUGCCAUCCUGGAAAGACGGCCUUCUCUUCUGACACCCUCUGGUGGCAGAUCAGAGACACAGCUGGUCAAAGGAGAGGACCUGAAAUUGGAGUGUAUUGCUGAGGGAUUUCCAACUCCUCAGGUGGAGUGGGUGAAGAUUGGCCAUCAGCUCCCCGUCAGAGCAAAACUGGAGAAUCAUGGGAAAUUGCUGAUAGUGCCGAAAGUUGAACAGGAAGACAAAGGAAAGUACAUGUGCAAGGCGAAGAACCUGUUAGGAGAAGCCAUCCACUACUUCACAGUGAGAGUAGAAGAGCCUCCGGAGUGGCUGUUUGAGCCCGAGAGUCAGCUCAGCAUGAUCGGCUCAGACGUGCUCAUCAAGUGCUCCGCCAGCGGGACUCCUCCGCUGGCCAUCUCGUGGAGGGUGAACGGCGUACCUCUGCAGGACGCCCCAGCAGCCAACAGGAAGACGCUUGGUGAGACCAUCGUUUUGCAUAACGCCAAGGCGUCUGACAGUGCAGUCUACCAGUGUGAGGCCUCCAACAGACACGGCAGCCUGCUGUCCAACGCAAACAUCAUGAUCAUGAAUCUGCCCCCCAUGAUUUUGACCAAAGAAGGGGAGGAUUACUCCGCUGUCGAGGGGAAGGGGGUGAUGAUGCACUGCAGGGUCUUCAGUUCUCCUCCGUCCACAAUCACCUGGAGCAGAGACGACUCCUCUGAAUCCGUGGAGGGCCCGAGAUUUAGCGUUCACGACAACGGAUCGCUGGAGAUCUACAGCGUGGAGAAAGAUGACACGGGACAGUACACGUGUUUAGCUAAAAACACAGAGGGAACGUCCGCCAUUGAGGCCAUGCUCUACGUUAAAGAUCCCACCAGCAUAGUCGUGGCCCCGGAGGACCAACAGAUCCUAAUGGGUACCACGGCCCAGCUCUCAUGCCUGGCAGAGUACGACAAGUCCUUCAGCAACGACUUUCAGCUCCUGUGGGAAAAAGAUGAUAUCGAGUUAACCCUCAACUACACUGAGAAUUCAAGAUACUUUGUGGAGGACGGUAGUCUUCAGAUCAUCAAUGUAAGCCACAGGGACCAGGGCGUGUACACGUGUGUGGCAAGGACUCCGGUGGACACAGCCACGGCCUCGGCGCUGCUCAUGGUGUUAGAUGUCCCUGAUGCACCUGACAACUUGGUUCUGUCUGAACACAAGAGCAAAAGCGUGAAACUGAAAUGGUUCCCUGGGGACGAUCACAACAGCUCAACCACAGAGUUUAUUAUCGAGUACGAGGAAAGCCAGUGGGAGCCGGGAAACUGGAAGGAGCUGCUCCAAAUACCUGGAAACCAUAACUCUGCCGUCGUCAAACUCCACGGCCACGUCGACUAUUGCUUUCGAGUGUCUGGAGUUAACGCCGUUGGGAGGGGGCUUCCCAGCGAGCCCACGGAGAGAUACAAAACCCCCCCAGCAGCCCCUGACAAGAACCCUGAAAAUAUCAAAAUCGAAGGUCAUUUGCCACAUGAAAUGGAUAUCAACUGGGAGCCCUUGUUACUCAUUGAGCAGAAUGGCCCUGGUCUAGAGUACAAGGUGAGUUACAGAAGACAGGACAUGGAGGAGGACUGGAAGGAACACAUGGUGAAGAGACACUCCUUUGUCGUGACGAACACGCCCACCUUUGUUCCCUAUGAGAUCAAGAUCCAAGCCAAGAACCAUCAGGGCUGGGGACCUGAGCCCAAGAUAGUGACUGGCUACUCAGGAGAGGACUCUUUCUUUUGGAUUUGCCCCAAGGAGGUCACCUCAGUUCCGUCCGCUGCGCCUGAUGAUGUAGCUGUGGAGGUGAUGAACAGCUCAGUGGUCAAGGUUAGCUGGAUGCGUGUGCACAAGGACAAGCUACAUGGACAUCUGGGAGGCUACAGGAUAAACUGGUGGCGUCUGCGCAGCCUGGCCGACUCAAAGACAAGUCACGGAGACAAACACACUCUAACUUUCCCUGGGGACCGAAACCACGCCACGGUACCAGGACUGACCCCUUUCUCCGAGUACAGCCUCAUUGUCAUGACCUUCAACGGGCGGGGCAACGGACCCGGCAGCCAUCCCGUCAACUUCAAAACCCCAGAGGGAGUCCCCGAGAAAAAUCCUGUUUUCAGGGUCACAGAUGUACAGAAGCACACCGUCUCUCUGGUCUGGGACCCACCAUCCGAGCCUAAUGGGAUUCUCACCGGGUACCUCCUAGACUAUCAGUACAUCAACGACACGGAGGAGGUGGGGCCCCUGCAGAUGGUAGACAUCCGCAACCCCCGCACCACCAAGUGGAUCCUGCGCGAAUUGGAGCCCCUGAGCAAAUACAAGUUCUACCUGCGCUCUUGCACCACAGUGGGCUGUGGGCCUGUUGUCAGCGAAGAGAGCACCACCACCCUCGAAACAACUUCCACUUCGGCUUCCACUGUUGGCCUCAGCAAGUCAGCUUCCCCCACACCUCCAAGCACUCCAAAGUCCCCAGUGACCAAACCCACUCGUUCCACCAUAGGUCUGGCCAGCAUCCACGGAGGAAUAUCCACCCAGGGCUGGUUUAUCGGCCUGAUGAGCGCCAUCGCUCUCCUCACGCUCAUUGUGUUGAUCGCCUGCUUUGUCAACAGAAAUAAAGGAGGGAAGUAUUCCGUAAAAGAAAAAGAAGACCUUCACCCGGACGUGGAGUCCCAGGGCAUGAAUGACGACACAUUUUGCGAGUACAGUGACAACGACGAGAAGCCACUGAAGGGCAGCCAACACUCGCUGAGCAGGGAGAUCAAAGCGGGGGACAGCGGGGACAGUCUGGUGGACUACGGCGACGAGGACGUUCAGUUCAACGAGGACGGCUCUUUUAUCGGGGAGUACGCGGGCCGAAAGGAGAAGAGGGUGUCCGCUGAGAUCAAAGCCGCCGCUCAGACACCGGCGUGAGGAGCGGAACCGCCAUUCCAUCUUUACCCCGGGACGCCGCUUUCAUUAAACCUGCUGGGACGAACAAAUGAAAGAGGAAGCAGGACAUUAUCCACACCAAGCACACGUUUUGUGUCAAAUGUAAUGCGUCAUUGCCAACUGCACACUGCCAUUCUCAUGUUAUGAAGCUCUGUUUUGUCAAGUUGCAACAGAAUGACCGUUACUAAAUACUGUGUAUAUAUAGUGUAUAUUCUAUGUGCGGAGUGUCUUUUUUUAUAAUUAUUAUUACACAGAACAUUUAGAGGGCUUGGAUUUUUUUUUUUUCUCUUUUCCAUUACUUCCACUGCAGAACUGUUUGUACAAAUGUUACAAAAAUGUCACUCCCCAUUGCACAUCAUUACACGCAGCUUUGCCUCUCAUGUCAUCUCGUGGCAGACCACAGACGAGUGGGGAUAUCCAGUUGAUAUUUUUCAACGGGAGCAAAUAUUACUGACCUUUUAUAUUUGAAAUGGUUUCAUUAAAUAUGAAGUACAAUGUGUAAGAUGUGUAUAAAGGUUGCUUAUUAACUUAUUUUUUUUUUCCCAGUGGUUUUCUACCUGACAGUUUAACAAGGAAAUUUACAUAUCAUUUUAUAUCAUCAACAUUGGUUGUUGAACCAUAAACCUCCUGUGAUAUUAGAAGAAACAUAUAAUUUAGUUGCCAUGUUUAUGAACAUUUAGAUCCAUUGGACUGUAUAAAUCACCAAACCUAGUCUGUGCUUUGUAAAAGAUUUUCUAAAAUGUAAUCCAUUACAGGUCCCUAUGUUCCUGAUUAUACAUGAAAGAGAACCUAACCAUUUUUACAACACUGAAGUUGCCAAUACCUGCUGUUUGAAAAGUUUUACAAGUUUUAUAGGAAUCUUAGGAAUUUUAGGAAAUCAACUUGUUUGCUUUCUUGCUGACAGUUAUUUAGGAUGAUUGAUACAAAACCCCGAAGUCAGGUAGCUCAGUUUAGCAUAAAUACUGGUCAAAGGGAAAUAGCUAGUGUGGCUCUGCCUUAGCGUAACAAAAUCAUCCUACCAGCACCUCACUGAUAAAGAAAUGACAUCUUAUUUGUUUAAUGUGAAUUUAAUACAACCCCUGGACACCAUCAUUUUUCAGGGGUUUUUUUUGUAGGUUAAACAGAUGAGAUAUAACAUGUUAAUCAAUGAAUUUUAGAUGUGCUGGCAGGUGGAUUUUGAAUUUCUGGACAAGGCCAGACGAGCUGUUCCCAGCUAAUCUAAACUAAGGAGUUGACAGUUGUCUCUUCAUAUUUAACACACAGACUUAAGAGUUUUAUCAAUUUACCCAUAGCAAGAAAGUGCAUAAGCAUAUUUCAAUAGGAUAACAAUUUGAACUAUCCAUUUAAAGUGGAUAGUAUGACUCUGUGUCGUGCUUCCAAAAUGCUGGAAGACUUUUGCAGAAACAUACUUUUUUUGCAAAAAGUGCAAAAUUGUUAUCCUGACUUUUAGUCCCCAGCAUGUCAGGCUCUGAAAAGGCUGAAUCCUACAUUUCCCAUAAGGCAUUUUAAUAGUCUUUUUUACCGGAAUGUCUAGUUCUUUCAAACUCGAGGUCCCAGUUUGCAGAUCAGGCUUAAGGUCUUUGUGCACCAAGUCCGUAUAUGUUGUGUCACGUUUACACAUAGACUCUGAAACUUUGAUCUGUCAUUAAAGUUUUCGGAACAGGUUUGAUUUGAGCUGGUUGGGAUCAAUUGGAUCACAUAAAUUAUGUUUUUCUUAUUUUUAAUAUGUGGUCUCAGUUCUGGUAGUGGAAUGAAACCAAUGAAAACCUGAAAUGUUGGUAGAGGACCACAAAAUCAUCCUCAGUGCUCGACUCCAUUUGAUCUCAUUCUGUGAAUUUUCAGAAAUAUGAGAAUAUUAAAAGGCAUCGCACUCAGUGUGCAAGGUUUCUGUGCGUGACGAUUUUCAUCAGAAUAUGGAUUUAAAAAAUGCUAGUACGAACUUGGUAAACAAAGACCUUACUACUACUAGACCUACUCUAAAUAUAUUUGUACUAUCUAAAUCAAUAUACCCGGGGUGGCAACACAAUUACAGCAUCAGUGUUAUUUCUCAGAGUCGACUCCAGAGCCACAGAGAACAUUGUCCUCGCAGGCUGAGUAUCUCUGCAUGAACUGACUUUAAUGUGUGAUGUUAGUUGUUUACCCCUUCAAGAAGAAAGUUUUGUCAAACCUGCAAUGGAUUGUAGAUCCUGUACGUGUAAUCAGAUUACUGGGAUCUGGUUGCAUGUUUGACACCCACACACACCGCUGAUAGUGUGGAGACAUGAGUCUUAACAAGCCUUACUCUGUUAAUACACAUUCAUUAUGUUAUUAGCACCAUGAUCACAAGAGUCGCAGUGUUUUGUAAAAAUUCUGCCAUUGCAUGAUAAGAAUGUUAAUUGGUGUUUUUGAUGUCAUUAAAUUGCUUUACUUUCCUA